AGAUGGAAACGCCCGAUCUUACCCGCCUAGCAAAAAAGCUAGGGGAGACUGGUUCAUAUGGUCCAUGACAUUCUCGGCUGGAAUUAGUGGGCUUCUAUUUGGUUACGACACAGGUGUCAUAUCAGCAACACUCGUAUCCAUCGGUUCGGACCUUUCUAAUCGUCCGCUUACCACUCUAGACAAGAGUCUUGUAACCUCAUGCACGAGUUUGCUUGCCUUGGUCGCAAGCCCUUUGGCGGGUAUAUUGGCAGAUAAACUCGGUCGCAGGAAGGUUAUAUUUAUUGCGGAUGUGCUUUUCACCUUGGGGGCUGUCACACAAGCUACCGCCGACACCGUCUGGGCUAUGAUAAUAGGGAGAAGUGUUGUAGGCUUGGCUGUUGGUGCAGCGAGCUUGGUUACACCAUUAUAUAUAUCAGAAUUGGCGCCAUCUCACGAGCGGGGUAGAUUGGUGACAAUCCUGUGCUUACUUAUCACUGGUGGACAAGUCAUAGCCUAUAUCGUUGGCUGGCUUUUUUCCAAUGCAGCUGGUGGUUGGCGGUAUAUUGUCGGCCUUGGGAUGCUGCCUGCUAUCAUUCAAGGCAUCACUGUUGUGGCCCUACCCGAAACUCCACGAUGGUUGGUACAAGCAGGCUUCGAAGAUGCAGCUACAUAUGUCCUGUCUAAAGUCUAUCAGGAUUACGAGGACAGCGUCCAGUUGGUCGAGGCCAUCUUGCUUGGUAUCCAGCAGGAACUUGCUGAAGAAACUGAUACAAGAGCCAGCAAGGCACCCGGAGAGCAUGAAAACUGGAUUGCGGAUGCCACCCAUCGCACCCGUAAUCUCUUUCUUGUUGGUGGUAAUCGCAGGGCAUUGAUGAUAGCAGUCAUGCUUCAAGUCCUACAGCAACUGGCCGGGUUCAAUUCUCUAAUGUACUUCUCGAGCACACUUUUUGCGAUUCUUUCUUUCUCCUCCCCUACACUUACCGCAUUAUCAGUUGCGGUGACCAACUUCGUUUUCACGCUGUUCGCAUGUGUAUACAUUGACAGGAUUGGCCGACGACGCAUUCUUCUCUAUUCAAUCCCUGUCAUGUCCUUGUCGCUCGUUGCUUGCGCUAUGGCCUUUGGAUCUUUACCGUUACCUUUGUCAUUGUCCGAACCCAAACGGACAGACAAAGCCGAUGCUGCAACGAUCAAAGAUUCCUUUCUCCCUGUUACAGUCCUUAUGUGUCUCACGAUUUACACAGCUUCAUACGCUUUCGGUCUCGGUAAUGUUCCUUGGCAACAGUCGGAACUCUUUCCCUUGAACGUACGCUCGUUAGGCUCGUCUCUUGCAACGGCCACUAAUUGGGCAUCUAAUUUCAUCGUUGGGUUAACAUUCUUACCGAUGAUGGAAUGGCUAUCACCGGCGUGGACUUUCGCGGCCUAUGCGGCUGUAUGUGUAUUGGGGUGGAUUGUCGUGUGGGCUAUCUACCCUGAGAUGAGUGGGCUCAGUCUUGAAGAGGUGAAAGAUCUCCUGGCGGACGGCUGGGGGGUACAAGAGAGUCUGGGACGAGGUUACGGUUCUCACUGAGUAGGCACAGAGUGCUAGACUAGAUACUAAGUCCAUGAGUCUUCCCGUAGACAGUUUCCCCGAAUGAUGGAUCGAUCUGGGCUUGACCCAGCUGGAGUCUGCCUUGGGGACGCAGUCCAUCCAGUUUUUGCCUGCAAGUAAU